UUAGAGAUGGAAGGUGUGAUAACCCAAUGUUUAUCUAAUGGUCUUUUUAGGGUUAAAUUAAAAGAUAAUGGGGUUUUAAUAUUAGCACACAUUUCGGGCAAAAUUCGACAAAGAUAUAUUCGAAUAUUAUUAGGAGAUCGGGUUAUUGUGGAAUUAAGCCCAUAUGAUUUAAAACGUGGGCGUAUUACUCAUCGC